AUGCGCUCCACAAUGCGAGCACUCACUGCUCUGGCCUCCGUCGCCCUCUUCGCUCGCUCCAACGCCCAGACAUGGUCCAACUGCAACCCAACUCUACGAAGUGACUGUCCCCCAGACUCCGCCCUCGGCAAAACCGUCAACAUCGACUUCUCGUCCGAGUCGGAGAGUUUCACACCACAAGGCAACCCUACAUACGGCAACGAUGGCGUGUCUUUCACCAUCAGACAGUCCGGAGACGCACCCCAGCUUACUUCGCUGUGGUACAUCAUGUUUGGAAAGGUCGACAUUGAAGUUCAAGCCGCACCGGGCGCGGGUAUUGUCAGCAGUUUCGUGCUGCAAUCCGACACGCUAGACGAGAUCGACUGGGAAUGGCUUGGUGCAGACCCCGAUGAAGUGCAAUCCAACUACUUUGGCAAGGGACAGACAACAGAUUACAACCGUGGUGCUUUCCACUCUGACACGGGCAGUCAGUCAGGCUUCAAGAAAUACACCAUCGAAUGGACCCCAGAACAGAUUGUCUGGCAGAUUGAUGGCACCACCGUCCGUACGCUAGAGCCUGCGAACGCUAACAACCAAUACCCUCAGACACCUAUGCAGAUCAAGUUCGGCGCAUGGAGCGGUGGUGAUUCAGCCAAUCCCGCAGGUACCAUCUCUUGGGCUCGCGGUCCCACCGACUACUCCCAAGGCCCCUUCACCAUGAAGGUCAAGUCUCUCAAGGUUCAGGACUACUCUACCGGUACUCAAUACGUCUAUGGCGACCAAACUGGCACUUCGGGAUCUAUCAAGUCUGUUGGAGGUACCAUCUUCUCUGGUGGUAACGCUCCUGUUGCCGACGCACCGGCCAUCACUGCGACUGCUACCGGACAGCCCCUGCCCUUUACACCUCACCAGACCUCCGAUUACGUUCGCCCCAGCGUUUACCCCUGGAUUCCCGACCCGUCGGCUACUCCCACUCCGCAACCAACGUUUGCAAACUACCCCGGGCUUCCGAGCGGGUGGACCGUUUCGGAUUCCGGAAAGGUUGUUCCACCCAGCUCAGCCACUACGUCCCCUCUCGGUUCCUAUACCUCAUCGCCGCAAGCUUUGCCUACGGGUUCCUCCGACAAUGGGCCUAAGACAGUGACUGGAUAUGACGAUCGCGGCUUUACCACUAUCCGUACGAUAUACCCUAGCAAAACACCAGCGCCGACCAUCAGUGAAUUGGAAAACAAUGCUGCGACCGGAGUCCCCGCAGCGCCUGCACAGGGCGCAUCAUGGAAGCUCAUGGUCUCGUCCAUAUUACCAUGGGUCAUCGUCCUGGUUCACAUCCCUGGAUGUCUCAGUCUCUAG